GAAGCUAAAGCUGUGUGUAUUUGUGCAUCAGACAAGUGCAGCAAGUUUAUAUCAUUGGCUUCUGAAGGGGAGAGUGAGGUGAUGGCUGCGUUUAAGUUGGAUUUCCUCCCAGAAAUGAUGGUGGAUCAUUGCUCUUUGAAUUCCAGUCCUGUCUCAAAGAAAAUGAACGGCACCCUGGACCACCCAGACCAACCGGAUCUGGACGCUAUCAAAAUGUUUGUGGGCCAGGUUCCAAGAACCUGGUCUGAGAAGGACUUGCGGGAGCUCUUCGAACAAUAUGGUGCUGUCUAUGAAAUCAAUGUGCUAAGGGAUAGGAGCCAGAACCCUCCGCAGAGCAAAGGGUGCUGUUUUGUUACAUUUUACACCCGUAAAGCUGCAUUAGAAGCUCAGAAUGCUCUUCACAACAUGAAGGUCCUCCCAGGGAUGCAUCAUCCUAUACAGAUGAAACCUGCUGACAGUGAGAAGAACAAUGCAGUGGAAGACAGGAAGCUGUUUAUUGGCAUGAUUUCCAAGAAGUGCACUGAAAAUGACAUCCGAGUCAUGUUCUCUUCAUUUGGACAGAUUGAAGAAUGCCGGAUAUUGCGGGGACCUGAUGGUCUAAGUCGAGGCUGUGCGUUUGUGACUUUUACAACAAGAGCCAUGGCACAGACAGCUAUCAAGGCAAUGCACCAAGCACAGACCAUGGAGGGUUGCUCAUCUCCCAUGGUGGUAAAAUUUGCUGAUACACAGAAGGACAAAGAGCAGAAGAGAAUGGCCCAGCAGCUCCAGCAGCAGAUGCAGCAAAUCAGCGCAGCGUCUGUGUGGGGAAACCUCGCUGGUCUAAAUACUCUCGGACCCCAGUAUUUAGCACUUUAUUUGCAGCUCCUACAGCAGACUGCCUCCUCCGGGAACCUCAGCACCCUGAGCAGCCUCCACCCGAUGGGAGGAUUAAAUGCAAUGCAAUUACAGAAUCUGGCUGCGUUAGCAGCUGCAGCUAGCGCAGCUCAGAACACACCAAGUGGUACCAAUGCCCUCACGACAUCCAGCAGCCCCCUCAGCGUACUCACCAGUUCAGCAGGGUCUUCCCCGAGCUCCAGCAGCAGCAGCUCCGUCAACCCCAUUGCCUCCCUCGGGGCCCUGCAGACACUAGCUGGAGCGACAGCAGGCCUCAAUGUCAGCUCGUUGGCAGGGAUGGCUGCUUUAAACGGCGGCCUGGGCAGUAGCGGCCUCUCCAAUGGCACUGGGAGCACUAUGGAGGCCCUCACACAGGCCUACUCGGGAAUCCAGCAAUACGCUGCUGCGGCCCUCCCCACUCUGUACAGCCAGAACCUUCUGACGCAGCAGAGCAUCGGUGCUGCUGGGAGCCAGAAGGAAGGUCCAGAGGGCGCCAAUCUUUUCAUCUACCACCUGCCCCAGGAGUUUGGAGACCAGGACCUGCUGCAGAUGUUCAUGCCCUUUGGGAACGUCGUGUCUGCCAAGGUCUUCAUAGACAAGCAGACAAACCUGAGCAAGUGUUUUGGUUUUGUGAGUUACGACAAUCCUGUUUCGGCUCAAGCUGCCAUCCAGUCCAUGAACGGCUUUCAGAUUGGCAUGAAGCGGCUUAAAGUGCAGCUCAAACGUUCGAAGAACGAUAGCAAGCCCUACUGAGCGUGCUCCCCUCUGAGACUGGCGUGAGAGGGUCUCCUGAUUCCUGCCGUUUGUUCAUCGUUGUGCCUAAAGCAUGUCGAUGUGGCGUCAAGUACAUCGUCCAAAUCCCUGUCUCUUCAGCUUCUCUGAUGCUUGAACUCUCACCUUUGACCUUGUGUUGACCUUUGAUGCUGAUGUGUAUUUUUAUUAUGUUUGUUUCUUUCUUUGUUUUUUCUUUUUUUCUUUCCUUUUUUUUUCUUUUGUGCUGCCAAAUUGGUUUUGCUAGAACGACUGCUGAAGGGGAAAUAUUUAAACUUGCAUUUGAAUAUAAAAAAAAUCUAUUUUUCUAGAACUUCAUAAGAUAACCACUUGAUUUUGUGAUUCCAAUUCUUUGUAAUUGUCUUCAGAGCAGCCCUACUAGCACAUACCGCGUGGUGUUUGUAUUUCUGUGAACACACAGCCAGUCCGUUUCUAGGCUUUGUUUCUGUGUGCUUAGUUUUAAAGACAACUUUGAAGUAAACAGUGAAAUAAAAGAUGUCACUAAAACCUCUGAGGCUCCUGAGCACAUUUUGCUGAUAACAGUUUGUGGGGCUUGAGGAGACCACUUGUGUUUCUUAAUUUUUGUUUUUCUGAGUUCUUAACUGCAGAAAACAGCCGACCCCGUCCCCUUUUGACUGCAGACUACAGUCUGGGCCCAGCUGCCCUUUUUCUUGUUCCCUUUUAAUGAUUCUUCCUGUCACAGACUUACCUGGGAGUCCUCAAGGCCCCGCAGCCCCGCGUGCCCUCCCCCCUCCGUGCUUGUUCCUCCAGUCUCCACAGCAAAAUGUGAUGCUUUGAUUUUUUUUUUCGGUUUGUUUUUGUAUUGUUUUUGUGUUCUUGUUUUGAAUUUUUCUUUUCCUACUAAGAUUAUGCCCAGAAAAAAACAAGUUUUGCAUGUUUCCUGCUGUUUCUUCACACCUUCGUAUAUAUAUACAUAUAUAUAUAUCACCUUCACCUCUCUGUUUUCUAUAGUUUGUGCAAAAACUGAUCGAUUUAAAAGGGUUUCAAAGAAGCUGUUUUAAAUUGUUGUGGGGUUGAUUAAUUUUUUUUUUCAAGAUUGUACUGUUUUAUUUUGAAGCGGCAACUCUCUCCCCUCUUGCCCUCAGAGUGUUUGCCUGUGCACUUAGACUGUCCCCAGCUCACGGCCUCUGCUCCCUCAGAGGCCGGGGAGGGCCCGAGAGGGCAGGUGCAGAAUAGAACCCCGGAAGGCGGCUGCGGCCGAACAGGAGGCUUCAGUGCAUUAGGGAGUGAGCACCCCUCUGCCCGGAAAGGGGGGGGCGCUCGUAACCACUCAGAGGCACCCAUCUGUGCACUAAGGGCAGCACCCCUGCCCUGCCGGCGCUUUCCUUGGCGACAAGCACAAUACUACAGUCUUCACACUGUUUACAGCCCUGGGCCCCGCCACCCCCAAGGGCUCUUCACUGCGGCUCUGCUCCUGCUUGGCUAGUGGGGUGGGGGUAAGGGCAGGGAUCUUUUUUUUUUCCCUUCUUUCUUUCUUUUAAAUUGGGUGAAGAGCCAAAUAGCUACUGUUCCUGGGUGCCAGGCCAGCCAGUUCCCUGGUUCCCUGCUGGGAACUUGCCCUCCUCCCCCAGCACCAUCCAGCCUCAGGGUCUUAGGGGCUUGAGUGAGAAUGUGAAUGGCAGGGGAAGGGCGGGGAGCUGCGGAGGAGA